AUGGUCACGAAAACUCAAGUGAUGUCUACCAAAAAAACCGACUUACUGCUGGCAUCCUCUAAAAAAUUCCGGUCUCAGAGAAUAGUAUCGAAGAAAGUAGAGAAUGCAAAAAACACGCCGUCAAAAAAGCAAUACACGAGAACUCGUGGAGCUCCGUCGAGAAGAGAUAUCAUCGACAGUUCCUCGUCUUCAUCAGACGAAGACGACGACAAUGAAGUGAAAGAGGAUGAUCCGGAAGAAUCGGUGGUAAUGGAAGAGGAUGAUGACUGCUCAGAUGAGAUUGACGAAGAUUUCACCGCGCUUUGGAAGACUACAAGAAGUCCAAACAGUUCUGGUGAAAAGGAGAACUGGCGGAGGACAAGAAGUCAAGGACGUCACAUUGAAGAAACUCCAUCGAAGAAGAUAGCCAGAGACUUGAAUGCGAUGUGCAAUGUUAGGACUCCGAAGAAAAAUCUAUCCGCUCUUCGUUCACAGAAAGAAAAGGAAAACACGACGCCACGGAAGAACACGCGGAGAGCUUCAGUUUCAAGAAAACAGCCCGUGUUUUCAGAGUCUGACGCUGACGAAUUGAGCGAUGAACUGGGUGAAGAAUAUAUUACAACAGGAAUUCGCGAGAUUCAGUUAGUACUUAUUUUAGGAAAAACUUAUAUUUCGAUUGUUUUGCAGAAGUCAGAAAGUGCGAACGCCGUUGCAACCGAUUCCUCCUCUCAGAAUUUCCAGAGCACUCCUCCAACGAAAAGUGACCCCGUUGUUGAUAACAAAGACCCCGGGCGGUACUCACAGAGUGGCCAAGUCUCUGCGGACAAGGGUAAUGCCCGAGAAAAAGAUUUUUCUUCAUCAAAACUACAAUUUCAGCAACGUAUUCGGAAAGAUAGCGACAAUGAUUCGGUUGAGUUCGAGGCUCCGACGCCUUCCACAACCGUCGUAACUCUCAAAGAGCUGGCAAGUCGACUGCAUCUUUCAAAGAUUCCGGAGAAAUUACCGUGCCGCGAAGAAGAGUCUCGGCUGAUCGAGAAAUUCAUUCGAGAAGUUAUCGAUCCGAAAAAAGGAGAGAGCUCCGCCAUGUACAUCAGUGGAGUGCCCGGAACUGGAAAGACUGCCACGGUCCGAGCUGUGAUUAACUCGAUGCAAAAAAAUAAAAAAUGUCCAAAGUUCGUGUACGUGGAAGUGAACGCGAUGGUUUUCACGAAAACUGUUUUCGUCGAGGUGUACAAUGGGUUGGUUAGCUGUUUUCAUUUCCGAAAAUUUAAGGUGUGAAAAAAUCGCGGAAAACUCAAAAAUAGCGGAUGCCAAAAGAGCGGAAACAAACAUUUGCGCAUGCGCCUUUAAAUUUCAAAUUUUGACUGUAUUAAGAAACGGUUUUUGUGGACUGAUUGGGCCUUUUUUGGGACAGUAAAUUGUGGGACUAUUCAUUUAAGGCUGUCAAAAUAGAUAAUAUUGCAAUUUAGUGUCCUAAAAUAUUAUAGGGGCACCGCACAGAAAUGGCGCUCUGUUGAGAAACUCUUUUUGCAGUGCAAAUUGAGCGACCUCGGGGCCGAGUUUGAAAAGUUAGGCCACAUUUUCAGUAGAAAAUUACUUCGCGGCCUAGAAAUUCGGCCAGAUUGCGAACAGCUUCUGUCCGGUGCCCCUAUAUUAUAGGGGCACCGCACAGAAAUGGCGCUCUGUUGAGAAACUCUUUUUGCAGUGCAAAUUGAGCGACCUCGGGGCCGAGUUUGAAAAGUUAGGCCACGUUUUCAGUGGAAAAUUACUUCGCGGCCUAGAAAUUCUGCCAGAUUGCGAACAGCGCGCCCUUUCUAUCCGGUGCCCCUAUAAUAAUAAAGGGUAGACCGUUAAUCCAGAGCGUUCAAAAUUUGAAAUUUAAAGGCGCAUGCUGAAAUGUUCGUUUUCGCGAUUUUUGGGUUUUCCGCUGGAUUGUCACACCCUCGAAAAUUUCAUUCUAAUUUUUUUCCAGAAUCGAACAAGAAUAUUCGAUAUCGACUAAACCUUCCAAGAUCAGGGCCACAGCUGCUCGCCAACAUCUCAAUUCGAUAUUCAAAAAGGAAGACCCGAACAGACCGCCCAUUGUGAUUCUGAUUGAUGAACUGGACAGUCUUUGCAAUCGGAAGCAGGAUGUGCUCUAUGACAUUUUCGAGUGGACCUCUCUCCCGCAGUCAAGAGUCACCAUAAUCGGAAUCGCGAACACCCUGGACUUUCCGGAGCGGAUGCUUUGUCAACGGAACGCCAGUCGACUCGACAAACGACGUGUCGUCUUCCAGCCGUAUCAGCACGAACAGAUUCAGGAGAUUGUGAGAGCACGCCUGCUCGGAUCCAAACUGAUCGAACCGAAAGCCGUCGAGCUGGUGUCGAAGAAGAUUGCGUCGAACACGGGAGAUUUGAGACAAGCACUCGAUUCCCUGUGCCGAGCAAUUCAAGUGGCGGUCGAUGAGAAGGCGGAGAAGCUGGACGUGAGACAUGUAAGAGUGGAAUGGUCGAAAAUCAGGCGAAUCCUAGUAUUCAGGUUAUAACUGCACAGAACAGAGUACUCGAACCGCUCAAAUACCGACUCGUCAAGGGGCUCCGAUUGCAUCAGUUCAAUCUUUUCCGUGCCGUUGAAACAAUGGUUAGUCUUUCUGUUCCUCUCGAUUUUCGUUGAAGUUAUUAUGUUUAGACCCGCGAGCAAGAAGAAGUGAUCUUCGCGAACGCCUACAAAAUGUACUGCAGCCUGUGCACAGAAAUAUCAUUAAUCGAACCGGCUUCCGACAGUUUCGCCUUCGGUUUGCUCCUCCAACUUUCGAGCAUUGCCCUCGUUUCACUGGGGAAAGGAGACCAAGGUAUGAUGAAUCGACGGAUCAAACUGGGAAUGUCGACGAUGGAAGCGGAAAGGGCAGUGAAGAUGUACACCGAAAAACACAAAACCACUUACUCAGUUUAA